AUGGCGUCCAGAGGUGGUGGAUCCAUAGGCCGAGGUGCAGGCAGGGCUCAGGGCAGCGCACCUGGAUCUCCACCACGACCUAUGCAGGGGCGAGUAGGGGAUGGACCGGGUGGAGCCGGCGCGAUCUUCGUUGGGGGGUUGCUUACCGUACCGGCGCCGACCUCUCGUCGCUCUUUCCGUUACGACGGCCCUCGGCCCCCUCCUUCGGGGCAGACGCCGACACAGCCGGAGAGCGGCAGUGAGGAGGAGGAUGAGGAGGAGGAUGGUGAGGGCAAGAAGGAGGAGGACACUGAGGGGAGCGGGGAUGACAGCGAGGCGGCGUGGGACCCAGAGACGCAUGGCGGUGGGGAGGGGGGAGAUGAUGAUGAUGAAGACCACGAGAUGGAUGGGUUGGAGCCAGAGGGGCGGGAGGAUGAGGUGGGAGAGGGUGGUGGAAGGGCGGCGACAGAGGCGGGAUCACAGCAUGUGCGUGAAGGGGGAGGGAGCGUGGGGGUUAAGGUGGGAGGGGGAAAGGCCGUGACCAUUAGGGAGCCGAAGCAGAGGAAGAAAGCGAACAAGUUGAGAGAGCGGGUGUAUCCCUACACGUUCACUGGGGAGCCCUUGGGCGAGGGUGUGAUCGCUCCCGAGUUCCUAGACGAGGACGGAGGGUCCGAGAGUAGUAAGGGGACUGGCAAGGAGACGUUUCGACGUGGGGGCUACAAGGGAGUGCCGGAUGGCUACGUCUAUCAGUGGCCACAUGCCAAGACUUGGCCGCAGCUCGCCAGGGGGAAAGGGAAGGCGACUGGUGGAGGUGAUGGGUCACGCGGGAUCGAGCGGUGGAUGACAACCAAACUGACCUCGGUGCAGCUACGGCAGGCAAUCAUGAAGCUGGUGGUCACCUGCGACCUCCCCUUCCGCAUCGUCGAGGCCGAGGGUUUUCGUGAGCUACUCAUCCUGCUAAACCGCAACUGCGCGCAAAAAAACUUCAUCCCCUCGCGCUGGACAGUUUCCCGCGACACAGUGGUCUAUGCAGCUGCCGCUCUUCAGUCAGCCAUUGCGGAGAUGCUGGCGAAGGAGGGGGAUCUGAGGUGCAGGGUGUCGUUCACCAUCGACAUGUGGACGUCGCCCAACAAGAGGGCGUGGCUAGUGGUAACGGGUCACCGGAUCGACGAGAAUUACCAGCUGCGCACGAUGGUGUUUGAAUUCCGCGAGAUUCACGGGCGUCACACGGGCAAGCAGAUGGCGAGGGUGGUUGAGGAGACUGUGGUGCAGUGGGGGUUGGAGACGCGUUGUCUUGGGUUCACCUCAGACAACGCCUCCAGCAACACUGCCGCUUUCAGGUGGAUGUCGGAGGAGGGUGGUGGCCGGUGCUUCUUCAACUCGCGCAUGCACUUGCGGUACGAAAGGGAGUGUGCAUGGGAUGUGCGAUGA